UCCGAGGGGGCUGAGCUUAGCUGGCCGGAAGCCUUCGCUCCCCGACUUGUGCUUCCGGAUCGCAGCCAUGGCGGUGGCAAAUUCAAGCCCUGUCAACCCUGUGGUGUUCUUUGAUGUCAGUAUCGGCGGCCAGGAGGUUGGUCGCAUGAAGAUCGAGCUCUUUGCGGAUGUUGUGCCCAAGACGGCCGAGAACUUUAGGCAGUUCUGCACUGGAGAAUUCAGAAAAGAUGGGGUUCCCAUUGGAUACAAGGGGAGCACCUUCCACAGGGUCAUAAAGGAUUUCAUGAUUCAGGGUGGAGACUUUGUUAAUGGAGAUGGUACUGGUGUUGCCAGUAUUUAUCGGGGGCCGUUUGCAGAUGAAAAUUUCAAGCUUAGACACUCAGCGCCAGGCCUGCUUUCCAUGGCAAACAGUGGUCCCAGUACAAAUGGCUGUCAGUUCUUUAUCACCUGCUCCAAAUGUGAUUGGCUGGAUGGGAAGCAUGUAGUGUUUGGAAAAAUCAUCGAUGGUCUUCUGGUGAUGAGAAAAAUUGAGAAUGUUCCCACAGGCCCUAAUAACAAACCCAAGCUGCCUGUGGUGAUAUCACAGUGUGGGGAGAUGUAGCCCAGACCAAGACUGCAUCAGGCAUAACCUUGCUCCUGGUGCUGUGCUUCAGUCAGACACUCUGGAUUGGCUUAGCCUGCCUGACUGCUGCCGUCCACUUGAUCGAGAGACCCCGGAAGUACCACAGGUUCAGAACCCAAGAUCGUCUGUGUUUAAGUCUGCAGCUGUAAAUAAAGUUUAUGUGUGUUUUCUAGUA